GUCGCUCGCUAUUUUCUUCCUUGCCCUCUUCAGUUUUGAUUUUACUUACUUUGUCGAAGAAGCAGCAUGAGACCUCCAAGAGGGCGCGGGGGAGGCGGAUUCAGGGGCGGCAGGGACGGAGGCCGCGGAGGACGAGAUGGGGGGCGUGGUGGGUUCAGGGGAGGCGGUCGCUUUGGUGGCGGCGGCAGAGGAGCCUUUCGCGAUGAAGGGCCCCCUGCCGAAGUUGUUGAGAUUUCUACAUUCCUCCAUGCAUGUGAGGGUGAUGCAGUGACAACGCUAACAAAUGAAAAGAUUCCCUAUUUCAAUGCACCAAUUUACCUUCAGAACAAGACCCAGAUUGGCAAAGUUGAUGAGAUUUUCGGACCCAUUAAUGAGUCCUUUUUCUCCAUUAAAAUGAUGGAGGGGAUUGUAGCCACGUCUUAUUCAGCUGGAGAUAAGUUUUACAUUGACCCUGCUAAGCUUUUGCCGCUCUCUAGAUUCUUGCCCCAACCCAAGGGACAGGCACAAGCUGGUGGCAGAGGUGGAGGGCGUGGAGGAGGGAGAGGUGGUGGACGAUUUGGCGGACGUGGCGGGGGUGGGUUCCGUGGAAGAGGUGCACCACGGGGUGGAAGAGGUGGUCCAAGAGGUGGUGGCCGUGGAGGUGGCUUUAGGGGCAGGGGAAGAUCAUAGAACGAAAUUAUGUACUUCAAUGUGCACUGUUCUUGUUUUAGCUGUUAAUCUAUGAUUCGAUUUCAAGCUGGCUGAAACGCUGCCAUUAUUAUCCACCUUCAGUCGUUAAUGGAAUCAACAGCUAUCUAGUAUUGCAAGUUUCUCUUUAAAAGUUUAAAGCGCCCGAGUUUACUCUUUAUAAAUUGAAUUGAACCCCGUGCGGCUCUGUGUGCUGCAUUUACUUUUUGUCCUCUUUUUUGUGGGUGGGGUUGGUCUGGCUGGUGGGAAGAUGCUUGAUUUGUAUCGUAUUCGUACGUCUUCAUCUGCCAAAUUCAUUUCAUGUAGCUAUUGCACAUUAAUUGCUUUUUC